UUCAUCACAUAAAACGUUAAUAAGAAACUCGCUAAAAUCUGGCCUGUAAUGGUGAAAUCAUGGCCGCCGAAUAUUGAUGCUUGCGAGGAUAGCUUAGUUUGUAUUGUGAAGUCAACAAACGCUCCUACUUUACCCUUAGUUUGUUGGUGAAUAUACGGAAGAAGAAUCCAAGAUGGGUCGAAGAUCCAUAAACACCACCAAGAGUGGGAAAUAUAUGAACCCCACAGAUCAGUUUCGAAAGGAAGCACGAAAAAGGGAACUGAAAAAGAACAAAAAACAGAGGAUCAUGGUGAGAACAGCUGUCCUGAAAGGCAAAGACCCAUUAAAGCUUCUCGAAGAAAUGGAAGUGAUUGACAGAAUGGAGUACAACCCCAUGCAGCCUCCGUCCUUGAAUGAGAAAGUCUUGAAAGAAAAGCGGAAAAAACUGAGGGAAACAUUUGACAGAGUCUUCAAACUCUACGAAAAAGAACGACCUGAAUACGCCAUCGAACUGAAGAAGGCAAACAUUGAAUAUGAGAAAACAAGGUCACAGCUCCAGUUGUAUUUUGAUCAAGUGCGAAAUGCUGAGAAAGUGCAGCUUGACCAAAUUCCAUUGCCAGAUGCACCAGUUGAUCCAUCAAUUCCCGGCGCCAUCCCCCUCCCCACAGACAUGCCUAUGCCCAUGGCUCUCCCAGGCAUGCCGGGAGUUCCCAUGCCUCUCAUGCACAUGCAGCCACAGUCCAUUCUAAAAAAGACGUCAGCAUAUGGACCGCCCAUGAUGGCUGGCCCACAGGUCCCCAUCCAGCUACACAGCCAGAAGAGACGGCCACCUGGCCCUCCCCCGGGACCACCCCCUGUGCUCAGUGACAGUGAGGAGGAGGAGGAAGAAGAGGAGGGAGGAGAUGAAGAUGAGGUGAUGAAGAAAGUCGACAGUGAUGAGGACGACGGAGAGUAUGAUCCUGAAAAAGGUAUUGUGGAUAAUCUUGGGCAAGUUGACGUGGAUGUGGAGCAUCCGGAUGACAUUCUAGCAGCCAUCCCAGAUCCCAUGGAAGAUGUACCAGAAAAAUCCAGACGUAUUCGCUUUGCUGAUGAUGAUGAAGAUGACAGAGACUCGGAGGAGGAAGAAAGAGAAGCUCAAGAAAGACGUAGAAAACAGGAAAAGAGGGAAAGAAAGGAGAGGAAACGAAAGAAGCGAGAAAUGGAGAGGGAAAAACGUGACGGAGGCAAAAAGAAGGUUUCCGCUCUUCAGGCCAUGAUGUUGAAGAUGGCUGGGCAGGACACGCCUGACUUUGAAAAAGAGGGUGGAUCGUCAUCGUCAUCUUCAUCCUCUUCAUCAUCAUCAUCAUCAGAAGAUGAAGAUGAUGACAGAUACAAGCACAGACUUAUGAGCCGAAGGGAAGAGGAAGAAAGGAUCAGGUUCAAAGAUCAAGAAAUUGCGAGGAGACGCGCUGAAAUUUCUCAGCUGGAUGACCGACCGCCAGGACUGGAGGACCCGGUCGAAAAACUGUCGGAGGAAGAUGCUGCCGCCAUCGCUGCUGCCCGAUUGGCCGAGGAGGCGGAGCUGGAGGCGGAGAGUCUGCACCUCACGCCCAAGAUGAACCCCCCGGGACCCCCGCCCGGCCUGCCUCCCAAUGUGGCGGGGAUCCACGGCAUUCCUCCAGGUCCUCCCCCCGGAGCCCCGCCCAUGUUCAUGAUGCCGCCGCCCCUCCGCGGACCCCCAGGGGGUCCUCCCCGACUCCUCCCCCCGGGCCCCCCACCUGGUCGACCACACGGGAUGCCCCCUGGUCCUCCCCCGGGCCUGCCCCCCAACCUCCGUGUUCCCCCCAUGCGCAUACCUGCUCCAAUGGGUGCUCCCCCCCGCAUGAUGCGGCCUCUGGGCAUGCCUCCUGGCCUCCUGCCCCCGUCCAUCCCCCCACCCCAGGGCGGCAUCCCUCCCCCUGGCCCGGUGAACCCCAACAUCCUGAGCGCCCCGCCCAGCAUCAUGCGGCCCCGCGGGGGAGAGGACGGGGCCGAGGGCGGCCAGUCCAGGGUCACCAUCCAGGCCAAGCCGCAGAUCAAGAGCAAGAUGGGGGACGUAACGCGCUUCAUGCCCACCGCGCUCAAGGUUAAGAGGGAGAUCCGCGACCAGAAGGGCAGGAUCAAGCAGACAGGCAAGGAGGAGGAGCUUCGGGUGAUUGGCGCCCAGGCCAGACCACAGCCAGCACCGGCAGCUCAGACCAAGACCAAGGACGACGCUUACGACCAGUUCAUGAAGGAGAUGGAGGGCUUGAUUUAGUAAUGGCACGAUUUAUUACAGGCUUACUCAAGGUUGGGGUUGGUACAGUAUAGGCAUGGUCCGGUACAGAGACCUAGGGGGACGCUUACGACCAGUUCAUGAAGGAGAUAAAAAGCUUGAUCUAGUACGGGCGCGAUCUUAUACAGGCUUGUUCAAGUAUGGGGUUGAUAGAGUACAGGCGUGGUCUAGUAUAGGGUUGAUAGAGUACAGGCUUGUUCAAGUAUAGGGUUGAUAGAGUACAGGCUUGUUUAAGUAUGGGGUUGAUAGAGUACAGGCUUGUUCAAGUAUGGUGUUGAUAGAGUACAGGCUUGUUCAAGUAUGGGGUUGAUAGAGUACAGGCGUGGUCUAGUAUAGGGUUGAUAGAGUACAGGCGUGGUCUAGUAUGGGGUUGAUAGAGUACAGGCUUGGUCAAGUAUGGGGUUGAUAGAGUACAGGCUUGUUCAAGUAUGGUGUUGAUAGAGUACAGGCUUGUUCAAGUAUGGGGUUGAUAGAGUACAGGCGUGGUCUAGUAUAGGGUUGAUAGAGUACAGGCUUGUUCAAGUAUAGGGUUGAUAGAGUACAGGCUUGUUUAAGUAUGGGGUUGAUAGAGUACAGGCUUGUUUAAGUACGGGGUUGAUAGAGUACAGGCUUGGUCCAGUACGCAUAGACCAAGGAUGGUGCCUACGACCAAUUUAAGAAGGAGAUUCAAAGUUUGAUCUAAUACAGGCUUGUUAUAACGCAGGCUUGUUGUAGUGCCCAAUAUGGGCUUGAUCAAGCCCAGGUAUGUGUGUUUAUAGCAUGGGCUUGAUCCUUGAAGUAAAAACAAUUAGCUACAAAGAUGGGUUGGGUACUUUCAUUUUUCUUUCCUGAGGAUUUCCGAGACAUUGCAUGUUAUGUUAAAACAUGUCUUUUAUAACAACCACAAAUAGCUAUUCAUGUGCAGUGCAGAUUUCCAGAUUUUGCUUGCAGUGGACUUUGGUAGGUUUUAUUACAAUCUUUGAAUUUGACAAGGAGAUUUCUUUUCUCAUGCUUCUGUCAUUAUUUUGUCAUAAACCUCUCUUGGAAGGGUGCUUUUUCUUGUACAAAUCAUUGACAGUUCUCUAUUUAAAUUUACAACCAUUGCAAAAUGAGUGUCCUUUACCACAUUGGUGGAUGUUUCUUUUAAUAAAUUGUUUAAAUGGUUAUGUUGCUGAGAGGAUGUGUUCUUGAGAUUGUUACAAUCCUUCGUGAUAGAAGUAAAGUCCUGUACUUUGUGUGGAUGUCCGUUGUUCUUAAUGAGGAUUCUCUUUUGUAAUGUGAGACUGAUAAUGCGCGGUGUUGAUGAGUGAGAAUUGACUGAGCGUAAAACAGUAGUGGAUGGGGAUGGUGAGAUUAUGUGUGUUAUGUGCAGGGAUAUUUGCUGUGUCUGAAGCUUCCACGGCUGAUUGAAGGUUUGUGUAUUGCUUUGUUCUUUUGAUUUCUCACUCCUAGAGCACAACUGAGGAGGUGAAGAAAAUAAACUUGUUAUUAUAACUUGA